UACAGCCAUGUCUACAUAAUGGGUCAGAUAGAUAGAUAGCGGACCAUCGGUUCUAAUCUGGUUGACUUGUGUGGAUCUAUUUCACCGUUACACGUUUUGGAGGAUCUCUCCAGGAAUAACUGGAUAUUUGGACAGACAAGUGGCAGACUGUGCGGCUUUUCCUGCGGAUUCCUGCCUGUCACCGCAAACACACGACCAUGUUUACAAUGAGACGGUGAAAACAACUAACAGCGCGUUUGAGGAGCCUUGACAAAAUAAAAGAAGACGAAAAAAGAAGGUGUUUCCAGCCCGACAAGCGGGCUGUCAAACAGAAACCCUUCUCCACUGCGGGCGGCGUCUGAACAGCGACCUCAAAGAUGAUGUCAGGAAAGCAUUUCAAGGCUCAUGAAGUGAGCUGCUGCAUCAAGUAUUUCAUCUUCGGGUUCAACAUCAUAUUCUGGUUCCUUGGAGUUGCGUUCCUCGGCAUCGGGCUGUGGGCGUGGAGCGAGAAGGGUGUACUCUCCAACAUCUCGUCCAUCACGGACCUGGGUGGGUUUGAUCCAGUCUGGCUCUUCUUGGUGGUCGGUGGUGUGAUGUUCAUCCUCGGCUUCGCCGGAUGCAUCGGAGCGCUGCGAGAAAACUCCUUCCUGCUCAAAUUUUUCUCCGUGUUCCUGGGUAUCAUCUUCUUCCUGGAGCUCACUGCGGGAGUCCUGGCGUUUGUCUUCAAAGAUUGGAUCAAGGACCAGCUCAACUUUUUUAUUAACAACAACAUUCGGGCCUACAGAGACGACAUCGAUCUACAGAACCUGAUAGACUUCACUCAGGAAUAUUGGGAGUGUUGUGGAGCUUUCGGAGCCGACGACUGGAAUUUGAACAUCUACUUCAACUGCACAGAUUCAAACCCGAGUCGUGAGAAAUGUGGAGUUCCCUUUUCCUGCUGCACCAAAGAUCCAGCGGAGGACGUUAUCAACACUCAGUGUGGCUACGACAUUCGAGCGAAAGCGGACUCAGAGCAGCGCACCUUCAUCUAUAUCAAAGGCUGCGUUCCUCAGUUUGAGAAGUGGCUUCAAGACAACCUGACGGUGGUGGCGGGCAUCUUUAUUGGGAUUGCAUUACUACAGAUUUUUGGCAUCUGUCUAGCACAGAACCUCGUGAGCGACAUUGACGCAGUGAGAGAGAGUUGUUUAUUUACCUAAAACCACAGCAGUAUCUCCAAAAGCAAGAAGGAUGUACCAGGACUCUGCAGUUUGGACGCCCGCAAUGAAGGGAAACAAAUGAAUCAACUGAAGUGUCCAGACACAGAGCCUCAUAUGUAAAUAAAUAGUAAAUUUAGAGUUAUUUUUAGAGUGAUUUGUGGCCCUAUUUCGGACAAAAGCACCACCUCAGAAAUGCAACGUUAAACAAAUUCUGUAAAGAAGUAAAAGAGGGGCGUCGGACUUGUAGCCGGGAUGACUUAUGGAAGAUGAAUCUUUAUCAGAGGAAGUGCUUCUGUCAGAAACGGGGCUUUGAUUUUAUAUGUCUCACAGCUGCAGUUUCAAACACUGCAUGUAAGGGGUCGUGUACAAAGAUAAGAGUGAUGCUUGAAAUGCACUGCAUGCCUUUUGUCUACUGGUAGGACAUUGGCUCUCCUAAGCGUAUUUCAUUAAUGUUGAGUAUUUUAAAACACUUGUAAAAUAGUCACUAGAUUAGAGGGAAUCGGCUGGUUAGCACUUUGUUGAAUGUUGAAAUUGAAUCUUCUUGAAGCUACCGAGAGUUUACUUUAGAUUUAUUUCCAUCUGUGAUAUCGUGCAGUAUCAUAAACGGUGGGUGUUGUAAGCUUUGUAGGGAUGCAGUUCUUGGGAGUGACAUUUAAAAAAGAAAAAAAGUCCAGAUAAAGUGAAGUAAACCAGAAGAGCAGCCUUAAGCACUUUAAUCUUCAUUAAGACUGAUGAAGCUCAUCGCGGCCUCUCAGUAUCUGUCAUGACAGACUGUUAUGUUAGUCUCACGGUGGCCACUAGAGGGGGCACUUUUCCUUUAAUUAAAAAAAACAAAAAACUUUACAAUGCUCCAUGGUGGCAGAUCAUUUGUCCAAAAUCAGAUUAAUAGAGAUUGUGGUCCAGGACAUUUCAGUGUUGUGCUGUCACUUGCACAUGACCUUUUCUUAAUGUCAGUGUUCAUUAAUUUUCUUCUGUUUUUGAAGUAUUCUUUAGUGUUUCUAUGAGAAAAUGCACCAAAUCGAUGGGAUACUUUUGAUGGAGGUGUUUUCUGAUCUGUAAGUUUUCACUGGAAAAAUUAAGAAACAAGCUAGAGGAAUGGCAUGCUGGAACUGCUUGGUGGCACUAAACUGAACAGAGAAAGGAUUUAUAGCCUUCAUAAACACACACGUAUACAUUACUUGAAAGCGGAGCACUCAGGCUCUCUCACCAGCAUCUUUUUCAUAGCACACUUGGAAUGAGAGUUGUGAGAUAGAGCUUAUGGAUCUUUCUUUUGAGACGUGACCUGAACGCAUCACAUUUACUUUAUAACCUUUAAUAGACCUGCAUGAAAGUACAAGAAGCCGUUAAAUGUAAAGGCAGUGUGAACCUGCAGCAGGUUAUACACGCACAUACUGCAGCUUGUCCUUUAAGGUCAAAGGCUCUACAGCAGCAUUUGACUGAAGUGAACAUCCUCACAUGAAAGCUUCUUUAUUCCACUUUAAGCUUUAUAUGAUUGUUUUUGACUGAUUACACUUUCUCUUACCACUCAGUGCCAUAUUCGUACCCCUGUUCAUUACUUUGCUUUUGUUUUGUGUACCCCUGGUUCUUGUAAAUAACUGAAUUGUGACAAGUUGUAAAUAUAUAUAUGAAUAAAUGUUUUUCUUUGUAAA